AUGUCCAAAAGCGAGUUAGCAUGUGUUUACGCUGCAUUGAUGCUAGCUGACGAUGACAUCGACGUCACAGCUGACAAAAUAAAUACCAUCCUGAAGGCUGCUAACAUCAAGUUUGUUGAGUCGUAUCUUCCCAAUCUUUUUGCAACAGCUCUAAACGGAAAGAAUGUCAAAGAUCUGUUGAUGUCGAUGGGGUCUGCUGCACCUACUGCCGCUGCUGCCCCGACGUCGGCCUCAGCCGCAGCAGCCAAUGGUGGUGCCGAAAAGGGUAAAGAACCUGCAAAAGAAGAAAAGAAACCAGUUUCAGAUGACGAUUCUGAUGAAUCAAUGGGCUUUGACUUGUUCGGUUAA